AUGUCGCAAUCCAAUAACAGCUCUUCGUCGACCAACGAAGAAGUUGUUGUUGAAGUUUCCAAAAGAGAAAACGAAGGACUCGAUGUUAUGAAAAGUGAGGCUCGCUCGGUCGUGUCUUCGCAGUCCGGUGAGCAUUCUUCGGCAGAAAAGGGCUACAAGACUGUUACUUCCAGAGACGCAGAUGUCACACUCCAAUUUCUGAGAGAAAAUGACCAUUUGGUCGAGCCCAUCACGCCGGAAGAAGAACGUAAACUUUCGAGAAAAACGAUGUGGAUUGUUGUGGGACUCACAGCGCUUAUCAACUUGCUGCUGUAUGCAGACAAAGCAGUCAUGUCCUUCGCAGCGAUUUUCACUUUUUUCGAAGACACCGGGCUCACGCAAAACAAGUACAAUAACGCAAACACACUGUUUUAUGUUGGUUACAUUGUCGGACAGGGGAACUUGUACUUCAUCCAGAAACUUCCACUUUCUCGAGUAAUGGUGGUCAUGACAUCUCUCUGGACUGUUAUCAUUUUCCUGCAUUGCACAGCGCACAAUUACCAAGGUGUGUACGUUCUGCGCUUUUUCUUGGGAUUUGUGGAAUCGAUAGCCAUUCCUGCGCUUAACACCACUAUGGGUCAGUUCUUGACACCCCGGGAGAAAUCUGCAACAGCACCAGUGUUCUACGCCGCAUGUAUGGGUGUAACGAUCCCGGUCGGUUUCAUUGCGUACGGUGUUCUAAACAUCAAUGACCCUCCCAUCGCGGCAUGGAAAAUAUUCACCAUUAUCAUUGGUGGGUGUACAUUCCUGCUCACCGUUCUGAUCUUUUUCGUGUACCCCAGCAAUCCAACUGACGCUGUUUUCUUGUCAAAGAAAGAGAGAAUAUGGACGAUAAGAAGAGUUCAAGAAUCCACGGGCUCUUCGAUUGAGCAGAAGACAUUCAAGCCAUACCAAGUCAAAGAAGCCCUUAAGGAUCCUAUCAGUUGGAUUUUUGGUGCAUUUUUCUUGUUGCAACAAUUGGCCAACAACUUGACGUAUCAGCAGAACUUGCUUUUUGAAAACUUGGGCCAGAUUUCGAACUUGGACUCUACCCUGGUGUCGGUAGCAUCCGGCGGUUUCGCUGUUGUGUGCGCGAUUAUCGCAACCACUUUCCUGCUUUACAAGAAGAACUUCGUGGCCUUCUCUGUCGUCGCUUGGAGUUCUAUUUCGUUUGUGGGGUCAAUUGGUGCAGCUACAUUGCCAUGGCAUAAUUCCGUGGGGCUUUUGGCAUUCGUUUGUCUUGCCUCACCCGUCUUUGGCAUCCCGUGGAUUUUGAUGUUCAGCUGGAACGCACAAACGUGCUCGGGCUAUACCAAGAAGCUAACAAGAAAUGGUAUCGUUAUGUUCUGGUUUGGUGUCUCGAAUUUAAUUUCUCCGCAAUUAUGGCAGGAAAAAGAUGCUCCUCGUUACAUACCUGCGUGGAUUGUUCAAAUCGUGCUGUCGUUUUGCUUGGCUCCAUCAUUGGCACUCUUGAUUUGGUUUAUUUUAAGGCGUAGAAACAAGCAGAGACUCGCCAAAAUUGGCACUACAAAGAACAAAGCCGCAGUAGUCGAGGACGACGGCGAAAGAGUGGAGACAAACGUCGCUCUUUUGGAUUUGACUGACCUUGAGAACGAAGAGUUCAUAUAUCCUCUCUGA